AUGGUUAUCAAAACGCCACCAGCCACGGAUGACGCCUUCAUCGAGAGCAAUGUGGCGAAACGCUUUUCUCCGCUGGCGCGACAGGUGUUGGCUGCAUCAGGACCGAUCGUGAGCAGUGCAGCCGCCGGCAUGACGAACGGCUUCUCGGCGAUCUUGCUUCCUCAACUCCAGCAACCGGACAGCAAGCACACCAUCACCGAAGACCAAGCGUCCUGGAUCGCGUCAAUGGCUCCACUUCCGAUGGCACUCGGCUGCAUCCUUGGCGGGCUGCUGAUGGAACGUUGCGGUCGCAAACCGGCUCAUCUGCUGCUGAACGUGUGCUUCGCCGUCGGUUGGUGCGUGCUAUCGACCGCCAGUGGAUACCCGCAGAUCCUGAUCGGACGUUUCAUCACGGGGCUGAGUUGUGGCCUCGUUGGACCACCAGCUUCGGUUUACAUCGCUGAAACGAGUGAUCCACGCUAUCGGGGUAUCCUGUUGGCCGGCGUCACGUUCGCCGUCUCGGGUGGUAUCCUGCUCGUGCAUCUGUUCGGGACGUUCUUCCGGUGGCAGACGGCCGCCCUGCUCUGUUCGAUGUUCAUGAUCGUCGCCUAUCUGCUGAUGCUGGCUUCCCCCGAAAGUCCUGCGUGGCUUCUGGCUCGCGGUGCCCGCGGUGAAGCUGAAUCUUCCUUCCGGUGGCUGCGUGGUUUCGAUCCUGCCAGUCGACGCGAGUUUGACGCCAUGGUUGCACGCAGCGAGGGCAAAAAUGGUGGAGACGCCAACACCGAGGCUGACACUUCGGUGUACCGGAGACGCGAGUUUCUGAUGCCACUUGCCACGUUGCUCGUUUUCUUCGCCACAAUGCAGUUCUCGGGCGUGAAUAUCGUGGCGUUCUACUCGAUCGCGCUCAUGCGCACCACGAUCGGGAGUGAUGGGUUGAACGAGUACCUUGCGAUGUUGAUCGUGGAUCUGGUACGGGUCGUAACGUCAUUGGUUGCCUGUGUCCUGCUGCGAUCGGUUGGACGACGUCCACUCGCUAUGGCCAGCGGAGUGGGCACGACCGUGUCGUUGAUUGGGCUCGCGAUUUUCCUCUACUUCCAAACGAGCAUCCCGCUGUACCGGAACUACUCGUGGUUGGCGCUCGUGUUCCUCAUCGGGUACGUGGUGUUCGUUGGGAUUGGACUUUUCCCGCUGCCCUGGUGUAUGGCCGGGGAGGUUUUCCCAGUGGCAACGCGUGGACUUGGGUCAGGCCUAACGGCGGGGUUUAAUUUCGUGUGCUUUUUCGCCGUCAUCAAAACCGGCCCAACGUUGUUCGCGACCGUCGGCAUCAAUGGGACGUUCCUGGUGUACGGUGUGAUCGCGUUGCUUGGCACGCUCCUGCUGUAUGUGAUCCUGCCGGAGACGCGAAACCGCACGCUGCAAGAGAUCGAGGAACAGUUUCGAAGGGCGGGUCGAUCGAAAGUGAAGGAGCCACCGCCGAGCGAGAGUGGUCCCAUUUCGACGAUCGCUUAAAGGACACACGAACACAUACUCUCUUUGGACGGACGGGAUGUGUUAUUGUACAUGCAUA